AUGGAUUUCCGUGAGGUCUGGAUGAACAGCAACUCGAUCGGAUCCGAUGAGAAUCCGCACGCGGUGGCCGCAAAGACUUGUGCUCAAAAUUUGAAAACGGCCGAGGAUAAUUGCAUUGUGAGUAGUAGUGUUUCUAGAAAUAAUCGCCGUUUUCCAAUGUUCAAAAAUCGCUUUUUUCGAUAUCAGUUCAUCGAAACUAAAUUAUUUUUGACCAUCGAGAACACAUGAUAAUAUUAUUCGAAAUCAUCGCCAAACUCUAAUCCCUAAUCCGAUCAUACGCUCUUUUUUGUCUUCGCAAAGUUCAAAUAUUCAUUGCUGACUAAUCUCUGUUAUAGGCAAAACUGACAAACAAUGUCAAUCGUCUAGGCCUCAAAAAGCCUGGGCCGAAAUUUGCCUCUUUGAAAAUGUUCACGUUCCCGGUCCUUUUUAGCUCCGAAAUGGCUGAAAUUCCAAGUUUUUGACACAAAAAUCAUUUGCAGUACCUGUUGGCGUUAUCAAUAAUUCUGCUGACACUCAACGUGCUCGCCGUGCUCUUCUUCAACCGCAUCGAGCUUCUGAAGGCGUUCCGCGCGCGUUUCCAGCCGCUUCCGCACUCGGAAACCGCCUCGUCCGUUUUCACGGCGCCUUCGAUCACGACGCCUUCGACACCGAGCUAA